AUGGUGACGCAGCCGGACGUGCACGCCGAGGCGCUGGCGCAGCGCGCGCUGGAGCAGGGCGCCGACCUCGUGGUGGCAAGUGGAGGCGACGGCACGAUCGCGGCGGUGGCCGGUGUGCUGCGUGGCUCUGGCGUCCCGCUGGGCAUCGUACCCCGUGGCACUGCCAACGGCUUCUCUGUCGCCCUGGGCAUCCCCACACACCUGGAUGACGGCGACGAGUUUGCCGAGCGGGCGUGUGACGUCAUCACAGACGGCCACGUGGCACUGGUCGACAUGGCGCUGGUCACCACCUCCGAGGCCACCGACGUGCCCUGCAUCCUGCUGACCGGCGUGGGCUUCGAGGCAGAGGUGGUGGAGGGUGCCGACCGCUCCAUGAAGGACAUGCUUGGCAUCACUGUUGACGGGGAGGUUCAUGAGGGAGAGAUCGGCGCCCUCACCAUCGCCAACUCCGCGCCACCCACGUCUGUGCUGGCCCACGGCCACGUCGGGGACUGCAUCCCUGAUGAUGGGCUCCUGGAGGUCGUCGGCUACGUGGCCAGCGACAGUACCCUGGAGAACUUCAUGGGCAUGACGCGGCUGGCGGUGCGCGUGAUGAUGGGCGACGGGGACGGCGACGGCAGCGCGCCCGUGCAAGACGAGGAGAGAGUGUUUGGGGGCCGGGCCAAGGAGAUCAUUGUUGAGACUGACCCACCACAGAAGGUGGUGGUCGACGGGGAGCUGCUCGGCACGACUCCGUUGACGGCGCGCGUUCAGCCGGCCAGCCUGCAGGUGUACGUGCCGCGCCUCGACCCAGAGGUGGCCGAGGCGCUGGGCAGCGAAGAGGAGGAGGGCGGCCCGAUCAAGGGCGCCGCGUCGGCGGCGGCGGCCAGUGCGCCGCGCGCGACGACGGGGGUGGGUAUGGAGGCGAGCGCGGCGGUGGAGGCGUCGUUUCAGGCGUUGGACCGGCAGAAGCAGGAGCAGGAGUGA